AUGAGCGAUACUCAAUCACUUCCCCAGAUUCAGGACGAGCCUACGGAAUUAAGUUUCGUAGGCUCGGACAAUUUACUCAGCCCGUCUCCAAGAGACUUCGAGGCCUUGUCCACAGUGACAUACUCGCAGGAUGUGGAUCAGAGCCUCAUGGACUCAUGGCCGCAGGAGAUCAUUUCUCUUGGCCCUUUGAUGGACCAAGAGGAUGUCCUCGACUUGGCUAUGGACUCCGCACCUUCAGCUGUGGACGGCCUCUCUGACUUUGAUUUCGCGGCGCCGAUUAUCGGGAUGAAUUCGCAUCUCAGCGAUAUCGAAGCAGCUCAGUUCGACCUUUCGUCCUCUCCUGUAUCUCUUCUCGAUCUUCAUGAAUCCACAUAUGAGAGUGCGGGUUCUGUAUACAGCCAGUCGAACGAUACAGUCCUCGAUGCAAUCUCUCCUGUGGCUUUAGGAAGUGGCGGAACUCAGAUACAAUCUUUUGACCUCAUCUCCCCAGACUUUGGUUCUCCUCCUGCUGAGACCUCGACAGAUAACAGUUCAAGUUCAGAAACGGGCAGCAAGGAAAGGUUCGAAGAAGAUACCAUCAUUCGUUUGAAAAGUGAUGAGUUUGCAAGAAAUGGAAUAUUUUUCUGCAACUGGCCCGAAUGCGAUAAAUCCUUCAGCGAGAAUCGCAAGCGGAAGUGA